AUGGAGCUGUUCAAGAGCAUCAAGAUGCUGGCCAUCGGAUUAGCCUUUCUGACCUGGGAAGGAAAUGUGAAAAACUCAAGCCACUCACAGAUUCCUCUCUCUCUCUCUCUCUCUCUCUACUUGCAGACCUUCUAUGUCAAGAUGUUCUGGCCCGACAGCACUGUCUAUCAACCCCCAAGGCUCUAUCUUGCCUCUAAAAAUACCUCCAAGACCACAAAACCUCCACCCCUCUGGAACUCUCUCCCUCAGGAGCUUGCCAACCUGACCAGUCUUCUCUACUGGCCUCAAACCCCGGGAGAUGGGAAGGAUCUUUUGGCCUCCACCAGCCCCCAGACCUCCACUUACCACCUGAGGGGUCCUGGCCAGGCCACCUAUGUCCUAGGGGACCACCUAGAGGCCAUCCUGGUGGCCAGGGACCACAGGGGCAAGCCCAAGACUCAUGGUGGGGAUCUGUUUCAGGCACGGCUCCUGGGUCCGGAAUUAAGAGCAGGGGCACCAGGGGAUGUGAAGGAUCUAGAGAAUGGCACCUACCUGUUGUCCUUCCCCCUGCUCUGGGCUGGGAGGGCUCAAGUUCAAGUCCGACUGAUCCAUUCCAGCGAGGCAGUUGGGGUUCUGCGGAGAAUCUGGAGAGAGAACCAGGCCACAGUUAAUUUUAGAGGCUAUUUCCGGGGGAUGAAAGGGACGGAAGAGAUUGUGAUUUGUAAUGCUGAUCCCCAUGCCACAGGAACUAAAGGGUCUACCUGUCAAUACAGGGAUGUGGUUUCUGGUGAGCUCUGGUUCUGUGCUAAGCCCCCUACCCUCCCCUGUAGCUCCUUAGUUGGUCAUUCAAGUGGAAGUUACCUGAAGGUGACCACACAUGAAGAGGAUGCUUUGCUGGCGUGGAAUGUGACGGACAAGCUGCUUCCUGAGGGCAUCUCUCCAUUCUUGAUCAGUCCCCAAGCCACUGGGAAUAUCGGUAAUAUGACUCUGCCCCCCAGGCAGCCAUGCCACCCUGGCCUCCGCUCUCCAAAGCCCUCUGGCUUCUAUUACCAAAACAAAUGGCACUCGCUGUCCUGUUCUGCCCGCUCCUUCUCCAGUGUGGACAGCAUCCUGGACUGCCUGGCCGGCCACGUGGUCCACAUGAUGGGGGACUCAACGCUGCGGCAGUGGUGGGAAUAUCUUCAGGACACUGUGCCUUCCCUGAAGCCAAUAAAUCUACACUCCGUGUAUCAAGUGGGACCCCUGAUGGCCGUGGAGACCUCUCGGGGCAUUGUGCUGCACUGGCGAGCCCACAGCUGGCCCUUGCGCUCUCCCCGCACACCUGUAGCUGCCCUGCACUCUGUGGCCAGGGAACUGGACAUCAUGGUUGGGGGCCCCCACACUGUGGUGGUGUUUGGUCUUGGAGCCCAUUUUACCACCUUCCCUCCAUCCAUCUUCAGGCGACGUCUGGCAGGGAUUCGAGCAGCUGUGAUGGCCCUGCUGGCCCGGGAACCCCACACACUUGUGGUCAUUAAACUGGCCAACACUGGCUAUAAGUCUGUGUAUGGCAGUGACUGGUUGACACUGCAGGUGAACCGGAUGCUCCGAGCUUCCUUUGCUGACCUCCCUGUGGCUUUUGUGGAUGCCUGGGAAAUGACUUCCAGCCUGGCUGUGCCUGACAACAUCCACCCAGGAAGGCUCAUUGUCCAAAAUGAGGUGGACGUACUUCUGUCCUUCAUCUGCCCAUCCUGA